AUGCAUGUCAGAAAAGAGAUGCGUAUGUAUGUAGGGCGGUCAUCUCUCACAGACAAGCUCAUCAUCUGCCUCCUACCUAUCCAGUAUCCAUCCUAGUGUAUAUAUGAAGAGAAUGAGAGUGUCCAAGAGCUGGAUGGCAGCUCCAUGCCAAUCUCCGCAUGGAGGGAACGAGCUGAUGGCAUACGAUGCCUGUGAUCCUACAGUGAGCGGAGGUCCGGCUCUGGUAACCCGGCAGGCCAGCUCGGCGCCACCGGCUGGACCGCUAGAGCUGUCGACGACGUCCUCGUCGACGACGGGGUCGGGGAGGACCGCGACGGAGGCAAGGGCCCUGAAGGUCCACAGUGAGGCCGAGCGCCGGCGUCGGGUGAGGAUCAACGCUCAUCUCACGGCGCUCAGGAGGAUGAUCCCUGAUACCAAGCAGAUGGACAAGGCCGCCUUGCUGGGCAGGGUGGUGGACCAAGUGAGGCACCUGAAGAGGAGAGCCAGCGAGGUCGCGCAGCAGACGCCGGCCGUCCCGCCGGAGACCGACGAGGUCUCCGUCGAAUUCUGCUGCACCGGGGACGCCGACGACGACAACAGCCGCCUAUACAUUAAGGCGUCUGUCAGCUGCGACGACCGCCCGGACCUCGUCGCCGGGCUCAUCCAGGCGCUCCAUGGCCUGAGACUUAGGACACUAAGAGCGGAGGUGUCCUCCCUGGGAGGAACGGUGCAGCAUGUCUUCACACUCUGCAAGGAGGAGGAAGGCAGUGCAGGGAGUGCUGGACUGAAUUCCCUGAAGGAGGCUGUGAGGCUGGCUCUGGCCAAGGUUGCUUCACCAGAGCUGGUGUGUGGCGGCAGUCCGUUCCAGUUUCAGAGCAAGCGGCAGAGGAUUCUCGAGUUGCAUUAUUCAAUCAUGUCCAUAUGGAUGAGUAUUUUCUGGAGUAUAUUUUUAGUGUGCCAGAUUUGAGGUUGGGACUGCUGUUAGUGCUGUAAGAUAAGAUAGAUGCAGACAUGCAGUCACUCCGGGACAGAUAUCAUAGCAACAGGGUUUACACUGUGUGCCUGAUGCAGCAUGGCUGCCGACAUUCCAGAUUGCAGAGAUCCUAGCUGAUGACGCAGGGUUACAUGAUUAGUUUGACGAUUCAGCAGUGGCGUGGAUAGGCUAAUACUCUAUGCAACACCUCCUCAUUGGUGGUUCUCAUGUUAAGAUAUGACUAUAUAUGAGACACACCUAGAAAGAA